AUGGUGCAGUACUGUUCUGUCUAUGGAUGUAAUUCGACAACAAGACAAAAGAACAAGGAUCUAAAAUUUCAUAGAUUUCCCCGUGAUGCGAGGUGCCAAUUUUGGAUAAGCGCAUGUCAAAGACCCGACUUGAGAGAUAAAAACAUAGAACAAUUACAUAACAUGUACGUAUGUAGUUUACACUUUGAAGAUUGGAUGUAUAAGAAACAGCAACUACAAAGCGCUGCUGUUCCCAUAUCAAACUUACCGCCUGCUUCAAUGAACUCCAUUAAUACACAAAUUGAACCUCCAAAAACGGAAAUUUUAAAAGAUUUGCUUAGCAGAGGUAUUCAAAAACAGAUCGACACGAAUUCAAUGGCAUCCAAUAGUGACGAAACAUCGCAGAUCCCAAAAACUAUGACACAUUAUACCCCAAGAAAGAGAAAACUUCAAAAACAAAUUGCCCCGGGCGGCAUCAAUAUAGCUACUCGUGUUACGCGUACCAAUGGUUCCGAAGUAAGACCUGAGUGA